AUGUUUAGGGUUGACGAACAGAUUUGGGGUUUAUUCAAGCGAAACUGGCAGCAUACUUUGACAUACUGGAGUGUAUUUUUCAGUUUUGGACUGUGUAUCGCGUUCCUGGGUCCCACCAUCCUCGAUCUACGAUGCCAAACUCAGUCCACGCUACAGGAGAUCACUUUGGUGUUCUUCUCCCAGCAAUUUUUCAUGUUCAUAGGUAGCACAGUAGGUGGAUUCUUCAGUAAAACGCUUUUGAGUUCCCUGUCAGCCUUGGCAGUGUCCACCCUCAUCAUCUCGGUGGUUUUCUCAGUCAUUCCCCUCUGUCACAAAGUGCUCAUGUUGGCCUUUGCCAUGGCAGUGUCUGGUCUGGCCAUGGGUGUUAUUGACACCAUUUCCAACCUGCAGUUGGUGAGAAUCUACCAGAAGAACUCCACCAUCUUCUUGCAGGCUCUGCACUUCUUUGUGGGUCUUGGAGCACUUGUCAGCCCCCUCAUUGCUGACCCCUUUUUGUCUGAAACAAACUGUGUACUGGCCAAUAGCACAACCGCCCCAGAAUCAAAAUUACGCCACCUGAGGAAUAAGUUAACAGGCAUACAUGUGCACAAUGUGUCUUCUUACCAUCUUCAUACAGAGGGGGAGGUUGUCACCAAUGUUUCCUAUGCAUUCUGGAUCAUGGCACUCAUCAAUCUCCCUGUUCCCAUUGCUGUGUUUGUACUCAUGUACCGAGAAAGGCUGAUUCCGUUUUGUUCAAAUCGAAGUCCUCGACUGUUGGAUGGAGACGUGCUUGCGAUGAGAAGUCGCAGUGCAACAGGACAGUUGGAGGCAGCUGACCAGAUCCAGGAAACCAGUGGCCAUGCAAACCUGUUCAACUGCUGUCUGCAUAGUAACCUCUGGGGACAACCUUUGUCUUUCUUUGGGAUUCACGCCCUUGGUGGUAUGGUGCUCUUCUUCUCUGAUGGCAUUGUGGGCUCAUACACAGGUUUUGUCUACACCUACGCCGUCGACCCCCCCAUGUCUCUAGCACACAAGACGGCGGGCUACCUCACCUGCGUCUUCUGGGCAGCCAUCACCAUCGGUCGCCUCACAGCCAUUCCUCUGUGCUAUCGGUUUAAGCCAAUGCGUCUACUCAUCAUCAGCCAGGUUGGAGUGAUAGUUGUACUAAUGCUACUGCUUCUGCAGUACUACAGUAGCAUAUUCCUGUUCGUAGGGACCUGUCUACUGGGGCUGUUCAUAAGCAGUAUCUUCCCCUGCAUGCUGGCCUUUACUGAGGACAUUUUGGACUACAAAGGUUGUGCCACCACAGUGUUAGUGACCAGCGCUGGGAUGGGAGAAAUGCUCCUUCAGUUGCUUGUAGGAUCGAUCAUGCACAGCCAGGGUAGUUACAGCUUCCUGUUAUGUGGCAUGAUCUUCGGCUGCAUGGGCUUCUCGCUCUUCAUCAUGUUGCUCUUCGUCCACCACAAACACAAAAGCCACCUGACAGAUGCCUCAGAGAGUAACCCCAUUCCAGGGAAGCCAGAGAUGAAUGGGGGAAAGUACUGA